AUGAAAGAGUGGGGCAUUGAAAACAAGGUUUUCACUAUUAUAGUUGAUAAUGCUUCAAGUAAUGAUUUGGCUAUUCGAUAUAUGAAAGAUACCAUUCAAAGGUCAAGAACAUUGGCAUGUAAAGGAAAUUUAUUUCAUAUUCGUUGUUGUGCACAUAUCUUGAACUUGUGCAUUCAAGAUGGAUUGAGGGAGAUUGAAGAUAUUAUUGGUAAAAUAAGGAAAAGUAUAGAAUAUGUAAAUAGUUCAGAGGCAAGACGUGUGCAAUUUGCAGAGUGUGUGCAACAAUUACAGUUGAAGGAUAAAAAAUUGAUUCAUGAUUGCAAAACCAGGUGGAACUCGACUUUUGAGAUGUUAAGUUGUGCACUCAAGUUCAAAGAAGCUUUUAAGAUUUUCAAAGAACGUGAUCCCUUUUAUGGUUGCUGCCCUCAAGAAGGAGAAUGGAAUAAAGCUCAAAAGAUUUGCUCACUAUUGGAGGCUUUUUGGACAGCCACACACAUUAUUUCAGCUGCUAUGUUAGAUCCAACCAAAAAAAUGCUUGCGGUUGAAUUUUGCUUUCCUAAGCUUUAUUCUGAAUUGGAUGCCUUUAAGUAUAUCUCAAAAGUUAAGGAGACAAUUAAUUCUCUUUAUGAGGAGUAUGUUGUUGAAGAAACUAAUAAAGGAGCACCUCAUUUAUCUGAGUUUGAGAGUUUUGGUUCUUCAAGUGCUAGAAAAAGUCAACAAAGUUCUAAUGCAGGGACAAAGAUAUCAGCUGCUAUUUUAGCUAUUCCAGUGAGUUCAGUGGCUUCAGAAGCAACAUUUAGUGCAGGGACAAGAGUUAUUGAUUCUUAUCGUUCAUCUCUCUCUCCAGACACAGUGCAGACUCUACUGUGUGGGGGUGAUUGGCUUCGACAUAUACAUGAACUGAAAAAGAAGACUAAAAAAGCUAAAACUUAUCAAGAAAUUGUUCUCCCAAUUGUGCUAUUAUUACAGUAUAGAUGGUAUGAUUGA